CGGCUGCAGCCCUCCGCGCUCCAGGGCGGGGGAGCCUGCGAGGCGUCGGGGCGCCGCCCGCGGAGCCCCCUCCCGGGCGCGCGCGGCCUGAGCGCCCGCCGUGCUCCCGCCGCCGCGCUCCCGCCGUGCUCCCGCCGUGCUCCCGCCGCGGGGAUGCGGCGGCCCGGGCGCCGGGGCUGAGCUCCGGAAUGUCCUCCCGCAGCCCCCGGCCCCCGCCCCGCCGCUGCCGCCGCCGCCUGCCGCGCCCCUCCUGCUGCUGCUGCUGCUGCCGCCGCGCGCACCUCGACGAGGACACUGGCCGCUUCGUGCUGCUGGCGGCGCUCAUCGGCCUGUACCUGGUGGCGGGCGCCACGGUCUUCUCGGCGCUCGAGAGCCCCGGGGAGGCGGCGGCGCGGGCGCGCUGGGGGGCCACGCUGCGCAACUUCAGCGACGCUCACGGGGUAGCCGAGCCCGAGCUGCGCGCCCUCCUCCGCCACUACGAGGCGGCUCUGGCCGCGGGGGUCCGCGCCGACGCGCUGCGCCCGCGCUGGGACUUCCCCGGCGCCUUCUACUUCGUGGGCACCGUGGUGUCGACCAUAGGCUUCGGCAUGACCACCCCAGCCACGGUGGGCGGCAAGGCCUUCCUCAUCGCCUACGGGCUGUUCGGCUGCGCGGGGACCAUCCUGUUCUUCAACCUCUUUCUGGAGCGCAUCAUCUCGCUGCUGGCUUUCAUCAUGCGCGCGUGCCGCGAGCGCCAGCUGCGCCGCAGCGGCCUCCUGCCCUCCACGCUGCGCCGCGGCUCGGCGCUGUCCGAGGCGGACGGGCUGGCCGGCUGGAAGCCCUCGGUCUACCACGUGCUGCUCAUCCUGGGCCUCUUCGCCGUGCUGCUGUCCUGCGGCGCCUCGGCCAUGUACACCAGCGUGGAGGGCUGGGACUACGUGGACUCGCUCUACUUCUGCUUCGUCACCUUCAGCACCAUCGGCUUCGGGGACCUGGUGAGCAGCCAGCAGGCCGCCUACCGGAACCAGGGGCUCUACCGCCUGGGCAACUUCCUCUUCAUCCUGCUGGGCGUCUGCUGCAUCUACUCGCUCUUCAAUGUCGUCUCCAUCCUCAUCAAGCAGGUGCUCAACUGGAUGCUGCGCAAGCUGAGCUGCCGCUGCUGCGCGCGCUGCUGCCCGGCGCCCGGCGCGCCCCUGGCCCGGCGCAACGCGCUGCCCCGCGGAGCCCGGCUGCGCCGCCGCCUGGCCGCGCUGGGCCCCGCGCUGGGCCCCGUGCCCGCCGACACCGACGGCCGCCGCCUGUCCGGCGAGCUCAUCUCCAUGCGCGACCUCACGGCCUCCAGCAAGGUGUCCCUGGCGCUGCUGCAGAAGCAGCUGUCCGAGACGGCCAACGGCCACCCGCGCGGCGCCUGCGUGGACGCGCGCCAGAACGGCUUCUCGGGCGGCGUGGGCGCGCUGGGCAUCAUGAACAACCGCCUGGCCGAGACCAGUGCGUCGCGGUAGACGCCGGGCCCCCGCCCGCGGGGCGCGCCGGGCUUUGCCUUCCCUCUCUCUGACCCGCGCUUUCUUUCUCGAUCUUCACGUGGUGAAGAAAGCUGGCGCUUUACCCAAUAAAAUGUAACCAAAAAGAGAGUGAAGAAAAAACCAAAACCAGUUUUAAAAAAAAAAUACUGUUUGGCCAGGCCUGGUGUUAUCCAAGGUAGCUUGCAGGGAGGCGGGAGUAGCCUGUUUUCCCGUUUGUGUCCUCUGUUUGGAAAACUCUGGUCCCCAGAGCAUUUUUCCCGGAGAGACAGAGUGGCACUCAGGAGCGCCACCCGGCAUGAGGAUUUGGCAGACUGGCGCUCAGCCCUGUCCUCCAGCCUGUAGGCAGCUGGCAACCCCAGAGCAUAUGGGGCCCCUUCGCCAUGUCGAGAAUUACCUCUGCAGCAUUUCGAGUCCUGGCCCAGCCUCCCCUGCCUUCUGGUGUCAGAGUGCUGUAGUCACAGUUUUGACAGGUGGGGGUGGGGACGGCCAUAUGUCGCCUCCCAGAUAUUUAUAGAACAGCCCUACACACGAGCGGGUGAUUAUGCAACAGCCAGCCCCUAGGGUGCCAUUUCCCCCGAGAUCUGGAGUGGCGAGGGGCCCCAGCGGCCCUUCUCAGCCUGCAGCCCAUGCCAUGAACCACAAGCAAGCAGCCGUUGGAACGAGAGAGAGUCGGGGUGGCCUCUGGGCAGGAGACCCCUGUCUCUGCUCCGGGCUGAUGGCUGGUACCCCUAACACGCCUGCCCUGCACAAGCAUCGUCCCCGGGAAGACUGCCCUAGGUGGGGAGGCCUGUCGCACGGUCGCAGUGUUUGCUGUUGUUCGGUUCGCUUCUGCUCCUUUCAGAGACUGCCGCCGCCUCCUGGCAGACUUGCCUCUUCUCCAAACCAGGCUCCACCCUCAGGACCCCCACGCCACCAUCCCGCGCAUGGCAGAGAAUUUGGCUCCAGCCCCCACUGUGUUCAGGACCCGGCUCAUUCUAAGCCUGCCUGGGCCUGCUGAGUUUCAGGCCCUUCUCCCCUCAGUCCGUGGGGAGGCAGAGGCGGCCACGGGGCGGGAGCUGGUAGGCAGCUGGAGCAAAGGUGUCCGGGGGCCAGAGUUUGGCCUUGGAUGGCCAUCAAGCAACGCGACAGGUUCUCCACAGCCCUCCCUGUCACCAGAGCCAUGGACCUGGUAGGGAAGCCAGAAACUGCCUCACUGGGGCUUGGACUCUUGGGGCUCAUUUCUCUCAUCUAAAAAGAUGACAAUCCCAAGGACGAAUGCCUGAGUUUAGUCAGACACAGUGUGACCCACCAACUGACUCUGACAAAAGGUCUCAGAAAAGCACCCAACACCUGUGCCUGGGACACACACACACACACACACACACACACACACACACACACACAUUCACAAGCUCACACUUAUAGUAACACGCUCACACAUAUUCACACAUACAUAGUCACAUGCUCACACAUUCACACACUCAUACAUUCACAUGCUCAUACAUACUCACUCAAACACUCAUGCUCAUACGCACAUACACUCACAUACUCAUACAUAUUCACAUGCUCAUACAUUCACAUGCUCAUACACAUACACAUGCUCACACACACAUAAACAUACUUCUGUACACUCAUGCAUAUUCACAUGCUCAUAUAGACACAUUCACAUACUCAGACACAGUCAUAUACUCACACACAGUCUCACAUGGUCACUUAUGCAGACACACAGACACAUUUACAUACAUGCAAUCUCACACAUUCACACGCUCACAUAGACACACAGUCGUAAACAGACAUGUUCUAAGACACCCCUGCAGGUGUGUGUCACCUCCCCUUUCACUGUCCAGUUUGCAGCAGGAAGGCGGAAGCCCUUCUGAGUGCCCCCCGACCCCGUUCCUGUUGGGGGUUCUGAUGGGCCGGGGCUGUGUUUGAGCCCAGGCCCAGAGUGGCCCAGGAAGCUGCAAGGCCGAGAAACCCCACAGGACACACUUGCAGAGGGCCAGCUAGGAGGGUUUUUUUUUUUUUCUUUUUGGGCCACACCCAGAGAUGCUCAGGGAUUACUCCUGGCUCUGCACUCAGGAAUUACUCCUGGUGGUGCUCGGGGGACCAUAUGGGAUGGUGGGGAUCGAACUAGGGUCGGCCACGUGCAAGGCAAACACCCCACCCAAUGUGCUGUCGCUCCGGCCCAUGGGAGGUUUUCUGUGCCCGACCACCGAGCCGGCCUGUGGGCUGAGGAGUGGACAGGCUCGUGGGUGUGCCCUUGGCCCAGCUCCAGAGACAGAGCCUGUACCCAUGAAGGAAACUCAUCUCCAAGACGCCGCGGUCACAGCGGCCCCAGUCAUAGCUGGCUGCUGCCCUGGCCUGGCCUGGCUUUGGCCAAUCGCCAGAGGUCAGGGAGGACCUGGGACCGGGACCGUGGUCUGGAGGUGGGGGAGGGAGCCUCUUCCCUACCCCGGAGGCAGCUCUGACUCAGGCCAGAGCUGCCAGGCCUGAUAGAGAAGUCAAAAGUACUUAUGGAAAUGCAGAUGGUAACUGAGCAUUCGAGCAUCACACCACAGCACCACAUACACACACACACACACACACACACACACACACACACACACACACACACACACACACACACUCAUACAGGGCCAGGCCUCCAAGGAGCCCGUGAGCCCUGCCCCUGCCCACCCAUGGGUCUCAGUCCACCUUUCCUUGCCUUUGGGCCGGAGGGCCCACACCUCAGCAGCCGCACCUGCUGGACCGCGAAAGCUGGGCUCCUGUGCCCACACCCCACAGGGCUCGGCUGGCAGCUGCUGCAAGGAGUGCGCUGGCCCUUUGCUCUGUGGACUACGGGCCCUUCUGAGCCCCGGAUUGUUUGCCCCCUCCCAGCCCUCCUGGGGGUCUCCAGUCUGAGGAGCAGUUGGUAGCUGAGGCAGACCCCAGCGUCGGGUCCGUAGGAAAUGCCUCCGAGCCUCAGGCCCCCCUCAGGAGCCACAACGGGAAGGUCUCGGCAGGCGUCUGGAGUGCACAGGAAGGAUAUCCCCUUCUUGCUCCUGCUGGCCCAGGCCAGGGGUCCACUCCUGGGCCCCUGACUCAGGCCAGAGCUGCCAGGCCUGAUGGAGAAGUCAAAAGUACUUAUGGAAAUGCAGACGGUAACUGAGCAUUCGAGCAUCACACCACAGCACCACAUACACACACACACACACACUCAUACACACACAUCCAUACACAUAUCUAUACAUGCACACAUGCACACACAUGUACACACACAUACACAGACUCCCAUACACAUACACACAUGCACACACAUGUGCACAUAUGCAUGCACACAUGCACAUACACAUACACACACACAUGCACACACAUGAGCACACACGCACAUACACACAUGAGCACAUGCAUGCACAUGCAUACACACAUGCACACCCACACAUGCAUACACGUAUAUCCACACACAAACACACAUGUACACAUGAGCAUAUCCACACAUGCACACACAUGUGCAUACACACAUGCACAUAUACAUACACACACACGGAACCUUUCAAAGACUUACCAACCCCUUUCUUUGAGGAGAACUGAGUCUGAGCACACGGGAAAGAGCGAUUUCAUUGGUACCAUAGCUCAGGGGUGGAGCUCAGGUUUUGCGUGUAUGAGGCCCUGGGUUACAUGCAACACAUGCACCAAACUUCCUUUUGUUCUUUUUUGUAGGGGUGUCUUCCCAGCAGUGCUGAGGGACAGCUGGCCCUCCCAGUGGCGUUUGUUCCGGCAAUCAUAGGCUCAGGGCUGGGUGCUCAGGCCCGCCCUCUGUGCCAGGGGGCAGGAGGAUCACGUUGAGGCCUUGAGCAUGUCGCUAUGUCCCCACCCCAGUUUUCCUGGUUUCUUUCUAGGUAUAUUUUCCACUGUGGCUUCCUGGCUGGCUAUCUAGAAGGGCCUGGAGAGUUCUCUCGGUCCUGGGGCGUCUGCGCACACCCUGAAUGUCUGUGUGUUUGACACUGAAGCCAGAGACGGCGGCAAAGCCAAACCCCAGGAAACAGCUGCUAAAGCCCCUGAACACCGUCUUUCCUCAGUCUGUCCCUGAGCACGGGCUCAGGGAGCAGGAGAAGCGUCCGAGGGAAGCGGAGCGGGCGGAUGGUGGCCACACGCUUCUGUUUUCCUGCGCCUUUCACAUCUCAACCAACCAAAAGCACAAUUCCACACGACCUUCUCUGGGACCAAGGCCUCGGCAGCUGCGUCGGGGACACCAGGAGUUGUUUCCAGCCAUAGGGCGUGCUCUGAGGAGCAGCCGAAGGCUCCACAUCUGGUAGGUGGGGGAAGGAGAGACAGAGCCGCUGAGGCCAACGGUGACCCCCACGACGGGCCCGUCCACGUGGACAUGGGGCUGGACUCUUCUCUGAGCAGCCCCGGAAACUUCAGGGCCCUGCCACGCCCCCCACCAGGCGGGGUCCCCCAGGGGUCUUGCCCAGAGAACAGCGGAGGGCUCUGCCCUGACUGGCCCUCCCUGGGGAGGCGCCUCUGGCCCGACCAACCGUCUUCUACCCGCUGUGUUCUCUCAGGAGGCGCGGGAGCACGUGGACAAGCCUGCAGGGUUUCUUAAACAAUACAUUUAUUUUUCUGAGCAACGGACAUGAAGAGUGUUUAAAUCAACCAUGAAUAAAACGCAGCCUGCCACCA